GAGCGAAAUCUAUCUUCUUAUCCGCAUCCUCUUGAACCAAUAGCGAGUUGGAGUCCAUGCCGUGGCUGACAGCUGUUGCUGCUUCUCAUCAAACACAGCCGCUUCUGCUUCUUCUACAACAGGCAUUACUUCCUCCAUCUUCCUGAUUAUGGCGUCCACUCUGGGCACUUCUUCAAUUGCGACCUUCCCUUCUCGAUACCUCUCCUCCCCUUCGUCCAGAACUUCCCUUCAUUCGCUCUCUUUAACCAGAGCUCAAAGCUAUGGGCGCAAGUUUUAUGGAGGAAUUGGAAUUCGUGGCUUAAAGGGAAGGUCUCGCUUCUCAGUGGCCAGCGUCGCGACUGAAGUAAACUCUGCAGAACAGGGUCUGAAGACUGAUUCUGAAGAUAGCCAGAGGCCAGUGUACCCAUUUGCCGCUAUAGUAGGACAAGAUGAGAUGAAGUUGUGCCUUCUACUUAACGUGAUUGAUCCCAAAAUUGGAGGGGUGAUGAUCAUGGGGGAUAGAGGGACAGGGAAAUCAACAACUGUUAGGUCAUUAGUGGACUUGCUUCCUCAAAUUAGGGUUGUUUUUGGGGACCCAUAUAACUCAGAUCCAGAAGAUCCAGAGUCCAUGGGCAUCGAGGUGAGAGAGCGUAUAACAAAAGGAGACAAACUUGAGGUUGUGUUGACUAAAAUCAACAUGGUUGAUUUGCCAUUGGGAGCUACAGAAGAUAGAGUCUGUGGGACAAUUGACAUUGAAAAAGCCCUCACAGAGGGUGUCAAAGCAUUUGAGCCUGGUCUCUUGGCCAAAGCCAAUAGGGGAAUCCUCUAUGUUGAUGAAGUCAAUCUGUUGGAUGAUCAUUUGGUAGAUGUUUUAUUGGAUUCUGCUGCCUCUGGCUGGAACACAGUGGAGAGGGAGGGUAUUUCAAUCUCGCAUCCGGCUCGGUUCAUCUUAAUUGGCUCAGGCAACCCAGAAGAAGGGGAGCUUAGGCCACAACUUCUCGAUAGAUUUGGGAUGCAUGCUCAAGUAGGGACUGUGAGGGAUGCCGAGCUACGAGUGAAAAUUGUGGAGGAGAGAGCAAGGUUUGAUAGGAACCCAAAGGAGUUUCGAGAUUCCUACAAGGCAGAGCAGGAAAAGCUUCAGGGACAAAUUGCUUCAGCGAGAAGUAAUCUUUCUUCAGUUCAGAUCGAUCAAGAUCUCAAGGUGAAGAUCUCCAAGGUCUGUGCAGAGCUGAAUGUGGAUGGACUGAGAGGGGACAUAGUGACAAACAGAGCUGCAAAAGCUCUUGCUGCUCUUAAGGGAAGGGACAAAGUGAGCGCAGAGGAUAUUGCCACAGUCAUUCCUAACUGCUUGAGACACCGCCUGAGGAAGGAUCCUUUGGAGACUAUAGACUCAGGUUCACUUGUAAUUGAGAAGUUUUACGAGAUAUUUAGCUGAUGGUGCUGUGAUAUAACAUGGUCCAUUAGCCCUAGUGAUUUAUGAGCAUAUUACUAUUUCUUUAGCCACCCCACCUUUAUUACGUUGGGAUUUUCACCGCACCGCACUUUAGGCACAUAGCAAGAUGAAAUCAUGCACACUCGAGUCAAGUGAAACUACGAUUAUUCCAUCGUGAAUUUGAAGAAUAUUAUAAAAAGAUUAUAAUGUACCUGAUAUGAUGCAAAUUAUUAGAAUCAUCAAA